CUUGCAUGUGUGCAUACGCCAGGUGCACGUCAAAUGAAGUCAAGUGUAUCGCGUAGCAAUAACAAUGGCUACAUUGAAUAUAUCUGACAAGCCAACUCUGCCGCCGAAGCCGACACCAAAGCCGGGUGAAGUAAAAAUUGUGAGAGCUCUGUAUUCGUAUAAAGCACAGCAUUCCAAUGAACUUUCUUUCGAAGAAGGAGAGCUGCUCUAUGUUUACGAUCGAGAUAGAGAUUCAAACUGGUGGAAAGCAAAGUGUGGUAAUCAAGAGGGAUUUGUCCCUGUUAACUAUGUCACAGAACAGACCGAAGAAGUUGAGCUACCGCUGCAUGAAGCUGCGAGACGUGGAAACUUGUCCUUUCUAAGAGAAUGUUUAAAAAGAGGAGUAUCAAGAACUGGACUGGAUUCAGCAGGGAAUACUCCAUUAUAUUGGGCUGCUCGGACUGGUCACAUUGACUGUGUUAAAGAGCUACUGAAUGUAUCUAGUCCUGCCGUCAAUGCUCAAAACAGAAUGGGAGAAUCACCACUACAUACAGCAGCAUAUCAUGGACAUUUAGAAGUUGUGAAUUUGUUGUUAGAAGCAGGAGCUGAUAUUACAUUAAGAAACAAGAAAUCUGAAUUAGCUGAAGAUCUAGCUUUUAAUCCUUUGGUGAAGAAUGCUAUACAAAUGAGUCGAAAACAAUACAUUCCAAAUCAUAGUUAUGGAGUUGAGGAUUACAAUGAUGAGAGUGAUUAAAGUGGAUACAGAGAAGUAUAUGAUUUUAAAAAA